UUGAUGGUUGCAGACCUCGUAGGCUUGUACACUUUUGUGUGAGGGAAAUUGACAGCACAUCAAUGUGCCUGAGGAGGAAAGGAAGAAGUUUAUUGUUGUAACAGAACACCAGGAGAACCUCUUAAAUAUCCUUCCUCAUUGCACUUGUUAUUUUUGGAACGUAUGUCCAUGGCGACACGGUCAAGAUAACUUGGUACCAUGCUGUGAGGUGGCAAGCCUGCCAGCAUCAGGCAGGCAGUCAGAAGAAGAAUGAGCGGGUCGCGGCUGGUCCGCGGGACCAGAAGUCGACUGUUCCUAUAUGUAGCUGUUGUGGUUGUGGUAGGCGUGGCAGUGUAUGUUUUUCAUGGUGCACAGUUGCAGCUAGAUGAUGCCCGCAAGGUGGCAGACAAGUGCCAACAGCAGCAAGAAUCCUUAUCUGCUCAACUUCAGGUUAUAUUUGAGUAUAAGCUGAGGUUAGAAAAGUCACUGCAGCAAGAGAAAGCAGAUCAUCGAAAAACACGUGAAGAAUUAGAAAAGCGAGCUGACAGCGAGAAAGAAGCAAACAACAAGCACAGUGCACUACAGCAACAGUAUAAGUUACUUGAGAGUCAGCAUGAGGAUCUUACAGAAGGCUGCCAAAAGGCACAGCUCACACAAGCAGAGGAACGGAGCAAACUGGAGUCUCAAGCACAAAGUCUAAAGGCUGAACUGGCACAGGCUCAGGCAGGACACAAGAAAUCCCUUAAUUCCCUGAAGUCGGAGUACACUAAACUGGAAGUAGAGAAUACAAAUCUUGAGAAGCAACUUGAUGAGCUACUCAAGCAGACAUCAAAGACCUCUAGCAAGAUAAACUUCCUGGAGAAAGAAAACAUACAGCUGAAAAGGGAACUGGACAAAGUAACGAGAGACCUGGAAUCAUACAAGAGAAAUCUACCUAUUGAGAGGCCUUCAGAAGGGAAACAGGAUAUAGAUAAUAAUCAUAAGGCACCUGUGAAGGGCUCUGAUGCAGUUCCAUUACCUUCACCUGCCUCAUCUGUUUCCUCGCCAGCUGCUGCUGCUCGAGACAGUGACAUGAACCCAGACAUCCAAAUGAAUGUCCUGCAGCAGCCUUUGGUGAACCAGGACCCAGCUGAUAACAAGAUGUCUGGCCAACGGUCAACAACACCUCAAAUAAACCCUGAAGCACUUCUGAGCCAGGAGAGGGCACAGCAAUCAAAUAAUGUGGCUCCAGUACCACCACCACGACAGGAGAAACAUGAGGAUGCCAAGGAAAAAGUACAGCCUGAAAUACCAAAUCUUCCAAGACCUGCUGUGGAAGACCCCAUAAACAACUGGAAGCACCAUGCCUAUGUCCCAGCAGGAGUAGUACCAGCUCCCCAGGGAUAUGCUUACCACCACAAUGCACAGGGCAUGGCACCCCACAAGAAUGAAGAAAACAAUGCAGGUGGUCAUUGGGCUUUUGCACAGUUCCAGCAUAUCCCUCAGCCCAUUAAGGUUGCCCAUAUGCACGAGAACAAUCCAGUGGAUGAUAAUGGACCAGAAGAGGAGGAGGAUGAGGAUCCAGCACACCCUCAUCGCAGUGCACAUGGGGAGCAACAGGAGAUCCCACGGCAGCUGCACAACCCAUACCAGUACAACGGGGCUGACUAUGACAAGGAGGGACCCCGGGGUGACAUACAGCUGGACGAGGGGGAGGAGGAAGAGGAUGAUGAUGCAGAUCAGCUUGAAUAUGGAGAUGAAGCAGGUGGUGAGGGAGCAAGACGCAACAAGGUGGCAGGGGGUGUGGUAAACAGACAGCCUCCAGUCAACAAGAAGCAGCAUGAUGGUAUUAUGUUGAUUCCCAAAUGAUGUGUUCUAAGUGUUGGCAGAGAUGAAGACUUUCAUUUUUAUAAUCUUGUCCCAUUUUAUACAUUAUAAGUUAAUUGUUUAUGGUGUUACUAUCAUGCUUAAAGCAAUCUAAAACUCAUUAGCAGAAACUAGGCGUCAAAUUAUGCUGGUCCGCUUACCAUAGGCAAGUUAAUGAAGAGAUGUGGGAAUUCUUUACAGAAAUAUUCAUAUGCUUGAUCCGCAUGCAGUAAGCAAGUGUAAAAAUACUUAUAUCAAGAAUACGUCGAGAUCAAGUGAAUGGAUUUUAUUAAGGGUCUGACAGAUUUAAUUUGUGUCUUUGGAGCACUGACAGAAACAGCUGAAGUUGUUGAAGUGCAAGGAUCCAGAAAUAUUCUUGCCUGCUUGCCAUAGGCAAGUAUAAAAUUGUCUACAUGAAUACUUCUUGUCUGAAUGAGUGGAUUUUGAUAAGUGGCUAGCAGAUAUAAGUUGAGUGCAUGGUAAAGGCCACUGGAGUCAUUGAAACACCGAUUUCAAUAUGUUAUGCUGCAUUAUUUUGCUUGCAGAUAAAAUAGAAUGAUAAUGAAUCCUAGAGUGCUAGGAAUGAGGAGAUUGUAAUUUAGGUACUAUCACAUUUGUUAAGUAAAAAGUGACAUACUUAAUUUAAAUGGAAGAUGUGUGCUAAGCCGAACUAUGUUGACGUGAAGGUAUGAACAACCAUUUAAAAAGUUCUCUUCAUGAGAGAUGUGUAGCUGACUGAAGAAAUCUGUGAAGUGUUUUGCUGCAGAGUUGUGUCUGUUUGAUAUUUCUACUGUUUAAUUUUGAAAGUGAUAACAAGACUAAUUGGAACAACAGUUAGAAACAAUUAGAGUUGUUGUUUGUGUCUUUUUCAAGCUACCAUACAAGAUGGAAACCAAAGGUCAUCAUCAUAUUAGUUCAAAUGUAGACAUCUCUGUGGAAGCAAAUGAAAUUUUGUUUCAUUUCAACCUUUGAGAAAUAAUAUUUUAUAUAUAAAACCAGGACUGUACCUCUGUACUGAGAGGCCAUUUCUGUGUCCAGCAUGUUAUUCUUGUAUGCGUAUGAUAUGAAGAUAACAGCAUAAGAAUCUUUUGCAUGGGAAGAGGGAGUAAUAAAUAAUGAUGAUGAUGAUGAUGACAAUGAUGACGACGAUGAUGAUGAUGCCCUUUUCAGGACUACAGAUAUACCCAUCUGUUCAUGCAUGAACCCAUAGAUUUAAGUCUUCAAGCAUGAAUGUCAGUGCUGAGAAAUCUGAGGGUGAGAUUAGCCACGAUAAAAAUGGUGCCCAGUGUGCUGUUGUCAAGUGUAAGUAAUGUGACACUGUUAGCAAAUGAAAAUUCAUGCCUCCGAAAAGGGUAUAAGAAAGUUCAUCCAUAGAGGUUUAAAAAAAGAACAAGCAAUUGAGAGAUAUAUUAUUGUUAAAGAACAAUGAAGUACUGUACUUAGGGUGUCUUUCAUAGAAUCAUGUCAGACACAAGAGAUCAAAAAAAAAAAUGGUUCUGUUUUGCUGAUCAAGAUAUAUUUAUACAAAGCAUCAUUUGUCUAUUUGCAAUAAUUUCUUAGCAAAGUGACUGACUGAAUACCGUCUGUAAUGUCUCUCUAUUUUGCCUUUUCUUUUAAUUUGAAUUAGGUUUUAUAAUUUGUAGUACUUGCUGUGAAUACUGUGAACAAUAACAGUGUAUAUCCUUUCUCACAUUCAGUAUCUGUAUGUAUAUUACCUCAUUAUUCUAAUUUUAUAGUAACAUCUAAUUCAAGCAAACUGACAGAGGAAAAUGAAUUUAUGCCAAUAAAUAGAAAAAAAAAAUGUUAUAAUAGUUUUGUCUUGAGUAAUAAAGUCUGUGAAACAUGAUAAUUAUAUGAGGUAUUCAGUACUAAAGGCUGUGAAUGUUAAGAUUGUGGUCUUCUGGGAUGUGAUAUAUCCCAAAAGCUGUGAUCUUAAUAAAAAAGUAAGUUUAUGGUAGUCCUGGCAAACUUGAAA